UAAAGAGAAGAUAUGAACUUGUGAUAUGUAAGUUUUUCUUCCGCGACAUACCAUAAUUUUGUUCAUAACACACAUAUUUAUUUCAGUUUACCUUUUAGUGCACUUUUUUUGGCUAGUCUCAACCUCCAUUUGAUCCCCAAACUAAUUAGAUUAGACAAAGAAUUACAUUACUACAAACAUUCCUAAAAAAAUUGUGAGAUAGAAAUGACACAUAACCCAUAAUAUAAUUAAGAAAAACCAGUGAAGAAAUGAAGAAAAACAGUAUAUGUAAAAUGAGUAAAAAAAAAUAAAGAAAAUAAUGGUGAACAUGAGCGCAAAUGUGAAGUUAAACAAUAUGAGAAGCCUUUGACCCAAAAAGAAAAAAACCAAUAUGAGAAGAAAAGAAAACAGAGAAAAAAGACAAAGAGUAGGAACAAUAUGUAAGUUUCGGUUUCGAUUUCAAUUUGAGAGAUAAGUUGAACCUAAUCGAACCGUGCCCACCUCUACAUAUGCUUAGAGCUAGAUAAUGGUAUUUUUGAUAAAUUCUUUCAAGUGCCCAUUUUUAUAGUGUGGACCUGUUUGUGCAGUUUAAUAUGUGUUCUCUCAAAAACACACCAAAAAAAAAAAAAAAAGAGUGUGUCACCUGAAACGGCACCGUGUAAUUCAAAAGAGUCUCAUUAAAAAUUAGGGCAGAGGACGACCUUCUGCUUAACGAAUACCUGAGCUGCUCAAGAACUUCUGAUCGUCUCUCUCCUUCUGUUCACCGUUACUCUCGUCGUCGCCUCCCGAACUCCUUUUCUUUUUCUUCAAUUAUCCGUGAAUUUUUACAAUCUUAUCCCUUGAACUCCGUUUGGCUGCUGAGAAACUGCUGGAGAGAAAAAUUUGAAGAGUUUUUCCAAGUCAAAUUAACCUCAAAUCGAAACCUUCACCUCGUCUCUCACUUUCCGUUGUUUCUCCGUAUUGAAAUGAAACGGCGAAUUGAGUGCCUAGCAGCAAUGCUCUAGCAAAUGUAAAUCGGUUUUCGUUUUGGCAAUGGACGUCAAGGCUUUAGCGAAAUCAAAUAGGGCUCACGCUCAGCGCCAUAGUAAAAAGCAUCAUCCAAAUCAGAAAGCAAAAGCUCCGGCGGUAGAUGGCGGGAAGGCAAGCGACGCCGGACCUGCAAAGAAGCCAUUGGGCAAGCAAGUUAAGGAGAAAACAAAUCCUACACAUGGUGCCUCUGCACUCCCCACGAAUUGGGAUCGUUACGAGGAAGAAUUCGAAGCAGGUUCCGAAGAGCCAGCAAGUGAUGGGCUGAAUAGAGCCCCUGAUGUUGCUGUGCCAAUGAGUAAAGGUGCAGACUAUCGUCAUCUGAUUGCCGAGGCUCAGGCUCAGUCUGAGCUAACCAUUUAUUCAGACCCAUUUCCUUCCUUGGAUAAUGUUCUACCUGGGGACUGGAAUGAGGGGAUAGGAUCUAUGCUUUCAGUCAGGGGUGAGAGUAUUCUAUCGAGGAUUGGAGAUGAUAAUUUUGUUGUGGAGGAUAAGACUGCUGCACAUCAUGAGGUGUCAUUUCUCUCCUUGAAUUUGCAUGCUCUUGCAGAACAACUGGAAAAGAUAGCCUUACCCGAAAGGCUUUUCGUCGAAGCAGAACUAUUGCCACCAGAGCUGCAUGUGGAGGGACAAGAGGCGACCUGCAGUCAGUCCUCUGACCCGAUGCAAGCAACAUGUAAUGAGGAAGCAACCCGAGGAAUGCCUGAAGAAUCAAUUUCAGAGAAGGUCCAGGUUGCUGAUCAUGAUAUUGAGAUUACAAUGUCUGGUUCAACCGGAAGUGGCCAUCCAGACCUAAUCUUGCCUAACCUAGGAUCAGUUUCCGCGAUUCAGGGUAAUAUCGAUCCAAGUAAACUUGGCAAAUCUGAUUAUCAAAGCAAAUUAUCAGAGUCCGAAACACAAUUCAGUGUGAAAUCAUUUGAGGCAUCAACUGCAGAGGCAGAACUGGAUAUGCUUCUUGACUCAUUUGGUGAGACCAAGAUAAAUGAUUCAUCUGGCUUCAGUUCUGUUAAAACUGUUUCAGUACAAGAAGCGGCUUUCAUGGCUCCACUUCAACUUCCGAGAAAAGCCCCAGAUUCAUCGGUACUCAUGACUGCUAACUUUGAUGAUGAGCUUGACGACUUGAUAAAUGAAACAUCCAUACAGAUCAGACAAAGUGGUCCAUCUCAUGCCCAGAAAGAAAGGGCUGUCCAUGAAUUUCGAUCAUCCCAUUCCGGAACAAAGUCCGAAGAACAGGAUGAUUUUGAUAAUUGGUUGGAUACUAUUUGAUUAUGUUAAACUAGAAAUCCACAAUAUGUAACCUUGUACUUGGUUGUUCCAAUCGGUUUACUUUUCCAAUC